AUGAAGCUUCAAAGCGUCCUUUACUACUGCUCCUUCCUCGCUGUGGUUAAGGCCCAGUAUAGCAGCAUUUGUCCCGACAGAGAUGGGGAGACAGAGGAAAUCAACCCCGGACACUUCGUGAAGUACAAGUGUGGGUGGCUCGGACCGUAUGGCGGGGCGACACACCAAAACAUCAAUACCGCCCAAGCCUGUGCUCAACUCUGCCAGGACAAGCCAGGUUGCACUGGAAGCUCCUGGCAGUCUGUACAGAGCAGAUGUGUGUUGAGUGGCGACCGAACCAACGAGGCUCGUUCCAACGUCCUUUGGAUGGAGGUGGUUCAGCCAGAGGAGGAUCCCUUCCCGGAAGACCCAGAAGAAGAAGUCGUCGACCCUUUCCCUGAAAAUCCCGAAGAGGAUUGUGACACCCAGUUGGGAACCUGCCAGACGCAGAACACAGAUUGCCUGACGGAGAAGGCAGCCCUUCAACACGAGAAAGCUGCGUGGAUCAAGAAGCAGAACGCGCUGAGCAAAUGCCCCUCCCAGCACGAGAAAGUCAUUGUCCGUGGUGGUAUUAGAUAUAAGGUCCACUGUUUCAUGCGCAGCAAAGGUUUCACUGGUUACAAGUCGACCGACCACGCAUUCACUCAAUGCAUGGACGCAUGCUCCGCUGACUCCCGAUGCAAAGCUAUUCACUAUCUCAUCGACAGUGCCCAACCCUGCAAGAUGCUUGGCUCAGUCGACAACAACAAACAGCCUGAUCACAGCUCUAGCCCACAAAUUUCCCUUAUCCCUGUCACGCCGAAAUAA